CUCAUCAACUUCAACCACAGCCUGGUAUUCAUCUAAGCCAAAUCGAACCGGAGCCAAGACCACGAGUCUAGUUUAUGCGGUAUCUGACUUUCUACUCCGUGUAGUAAAACAUAAUCGUAAAUCUGCCCCCAUCCUCUUUGCCCGACUCCACACCCACUUCACUUUUAAAUCAUCCCAUUUCUGCAACAUGACAAUAUUCAACCCCCGAUCCGGCAAUUUCUACAUAUUGUAUGCCCAUUUGUCCCUUUUUUAAUGAGAGCUGACGUCAACUUAACAUCGCUUGUCACCUCAUUGCAACGGUCAUUAGUACCAGCAGCUGGGCUUCCUAGCAUCACACUGCCACUUCCAUAACGUUCAAUGUCGAUCUCUUGUUAAUUUGGUUAUCAUGCCAUGGCUUGGCCAAGAACAACAUCACUUGCCAAGUCACCCUCAUUGCAACAAUACGAAAAAAACUGGUCAUUGCCGGCACUUGCAUUACACUGCCACUCCCAUUAGGUGCCGACAGGUCUCCUGUUGAUUUGAUAUCAUGCCAGUACCUUGGCCAGGAACAGCCACCGCAUGAGCUAUAAGACUAGCAGCAUGCCGCGCACCAGAGAAAACUUACCUUCAUCAACCAUUCACUCCUGCUUUCUCAAUACCAUAUUCUACUGCAGCCACUUAUAGCAACACUGCAACAUGGUCGGACGCAAUAUCGCCGCGCUCGGCAUCACUAUGAUUGUUAGUGCCAUGACAGCCACAGCACAGAACAUGUCCUUCGGAGCCGACAACUUCUAUGUUAGCAAUAUUGUCACGAUGCAGCCAAUUUUCUUCCCCAACCAGUUCAACAUGACUAUCGCUGGAAACCUCUUCAUUCCGAACAACCUCAGCGGUAAUGCGUCGGCCAUUGUUAUCGGGCCUCCUCUCGGCGCAGUGAAGGAACAGAGCGCGAACCUUUAUGCUACAAAGUUGGCUGAGCAGGGUUUCGUGACGAUUUCUAUCGAUCCUGCAUACUGGGGCGCCAGUGACGGUGUGCCGCGACAAGCAGUGUUGCCAGAAAUGUAUGCAGAGUCGUUCAGUGCAGCAGUGGACUAUCUGACUUUGCAAAAUCUCGUCGAUCGCGAGCGGAUUGGUGCUCUUGGAAUUUGCGGCAGCGGUUCAUGGGUGAUCAGUGCCGCAAAGAUGGAUACUCGUAUCAAGGCUGUCGCGACUGUAAGCAUGUAUAAUAUGGGCGCUGCUUAUCGCGACGGGAUGCGACUUUCGAUCAGUUUCAAGCAACAACAGGCCAUGAUUGCCAUGGGAGCUGCCCAACGACAAGUUGAAGUCGAUGGCGGCGCGACUGCUUACACCGGAGGCACCCCCCAGAGACUCACAGAAAACUCCACUGCAAUCGAUCGAGAAUUCUUCGACUUCUACCGCACUUCACGUGGCGAGUUCACGCCAGCAAGCUCGUCGCCCACACUCACAACACACCCAACGACCUCGUCUGCCUUCAGAAUGAACAAUUACUGGCCACUGGCUGGAAUGGACAUUAUAUCGCCGCGUCCAGUCAUGUUCGUCGCAGGCACCCAGGCACACUCGCGCGAGUUCGCUGAGGAUGCUUACUACCUUUCAGGUUAUCCUAAGGAGUUGGUCUGGGUCGAACGCGCUGGCCAUGUUGACUUGUAUGACCGAACAGAGCUCAUCCCAUUCGGAAAGUUCACUACCUUCUUCCGUAGCAGUCUCAGCGCUCCGGUCGCCAAUAACGUCACUAUCAGCGCCCGACGUCUUUGAAACCAGCAGUCUACCUCGAUUCUCAAUUCUGAAAGAUUAUAUUCUUUUUUGAUUGAAUAGUUAGUUAUAAGCCUAGGAAGUUUGAAUAAAAGAUGUUGAAUGUUUAAACUUAUAUUGAAUUUCAAGAUGAUGAAGUUUUG